AUGAGUAUUUUCAAUCAGAAAGAAAUAACACAUAAAAAUUUGACAUCGGAAAAUGGAAAUUUUUUAUGGAAUCAGUUGUAUUUGGAAGUGCUAGUUCGUAUGCCAGAUUAUUCUAUUGCAAAAUACGAUCUUGUUAAAAUGUUAAAAUACAAAGAUGAUAAGCUGCAGUUGGAUAUUAUUCGUGAGUUUGAUGAAACAUACGAUCCAAGUAAAGCUUUAUUCUGGUAUACAAAAGAAUCGUGUCUUUAG